AUGCGUCACGAUUUCAGGGAUUGGUCAAACUCACUUUGGAACAAAAGUGCCGAGUUAGGAGCUCUGCCGCCAGAAGUCGACGACGAAGGCAACAUUGAAUACAAAUUAAAACUGGUCAAUCCGUCCUUUGAACGAUUAGAACAAUUGAUUACCCAAAUGAAGUGGAGGUUAUCAGAAGGUGACGGAGAAGCCAUGUAUGAAAUUGGGGUCGACGAUGACGGCACUUUUAUUGGUCUGUCUCGAGAAGACAUGUCUGCUUCCUUGGCAACGCUGCGAAAGAUGGCCGACGCACUGAAUGCCGAUGUGUCCAUUGUGCGUGAGAUUGUGCUCGAUCGUUUAGCCAAAGUGGUGCGAAAAAAGCCCACCCCAGGGUAUGUGGUGAUUGAAGCAUUAAUACGCAAGCGACCGUCCGACAAGUUGGACAGAUUCACGGAUAUCCGGAUUGCCAUUGUGGGUGGGGACGGUGCUGGUAAAUCGUCGUUGUUAGGAAGAUUGACUUAUGGCAUUAACGAUAAUGGCCGAGGACGUGCACGAUUGAAUUUGCUGCGGCACCGUCACGAGAUCGAAUCAGGAAAGACGUCGUCCAUUGCGCACGAGAUCAUGGGCUACGAUUCGGAAGGCAACACCAUCAACUACACCACCAACAAUGUCAGUUCUUGGGAACAUAUUUGUGAGCUGAGCAGCAAAAUCAUCACCUUUUUGGACACAUGCGGCCAUCCAAAAUAUUUGCGCACCACCAUUGCCGGCCUUACCGGCUACGCUCCUGAUUACGCUUGUCUCGUUAUUUCAGCCACCACAGCAGGAUUAUCAGACAUGACUCGUGAACAUUUGUCGCUCGCCGUGAUGUUGGAUGUGCCUGUCUUUGUGGUAAUUACCAAGAUCGAUAUCGCUACGCCCGAUCAAUUGCGCCAUACCUUGACAUCGCUAUUGGGUCUGUUAAAGGCGCCGUGGAUGAGGAAAAUUCCAUUGUUUGUUCGAUCCAAAAACGAUGUCAUGCUCAGUGCUCCGCAUUUUGCCCGCCAUGGUCCUGAAGUUCCCAUCUUUCUUGUUUCCAAUGUCUCGAGCGACAACAUUCAUCAUGUGGAACAGUUCUUCAACUUGCUGCCAAAACCUGCCCGAGCCCACGAACAACUACUGGAAGAACCGGUGGAAUUCCAAAUUGAAGAAGUCUAUUCCCUUCCAGAUGUGGGCAUUGUGAUAGGUGGCAUGCUGCGCAAAGGACGCAUCAAUAUCAAGGAACCUGAAGAGCAACGCACCUACCAUCUCGGUCCGGAUGCCAAAGGUCACUUUAUUAGGGUGACAGUAUCGUCGAUCCAUCGCCACAGAGUACCGUGCCAUUACAUCCACUGUGGUCAGACGGCUACGCUGGCCAUCCAAUCGCCUGAUCUGGUCCAUUGGCCUGUCAGUAAAGGGAUGACGUUACUUGGCAUGGAUACGCCGGAAAGUUAUUUCGAGUUCGAGGCCGAUAUGAUUGUGCUCUACCAUCCCACCGGCGUCACCAAAGGCACCUCGGGUAUGAUCCAUAUGGGAUCAAUCCGACAACGGGCACAGAUUACCAGCAUUUCCAUUGCCCAUAAAGAAAACGAAAAGGCCGAGACCGGUUUGCAUACCUCGCUUUCUACACCGACUUUUUACAGCGGAUCGUCGUCUACAGAUGUUGUGCAAUCGUCCAGAUCGUCCCAUGUACGGACCCAAAGUACGGACGGCGAUACAGCCACGUCAGGUCACCAUGCCCUAUGCAUCUUUCGUUUCCUCUACAAGCCUGUCUACCUCCAUGCCGAUGCUCAGAUUCUCUUUGUGGAAGGCAAAGCCAAAUGUUUGGGACGGAUUACUCGCGUGAUUCCCCGAACACGCUCCAUAGACACACCUUGA